AUGUGCUUUCCGACUGAGCAGACUGUACGGGGAUUGUCAAAGCGCGCCUGGGGGUUGAAGUUGCGCCGAGGCGGCGGUGGCGGGGGUAGUGGCAGCAGCGCGACCGCCGACGCCACGGAGGGCGUCGUGACGGAGCUGCGCGCGCCCGAGCUGACGGAGCCCGCGGCCGACGUGAGCGUGGCGGCCGGCGCCAGCGCCACGCUCUCGUGCCGCGCGUUCGCGCCGCGCGCCUCCGCCUCCUGGCGCAAGACCGCGCCUGAGACUCUUGCGCUGCGCCACGGCGGCCGCUUCGUAAUCACUUUCGCCCCCGACGGCCUCGCUUCGCUCACCAUCCACGCGUGCCGCCCCUCCGACGCCGGCGUCUACUGCUGUCUCGUCAGCAACGAGCUCGGCGGCGUGCAGAGCUCGGCGCGCCUCAGCGUGGGCGCGGGCGGCGCGCCGGGCGUGCCCGCAGUGCGCGCGCAUCCCGGUGGCGGCCUCGUCGUGCACUGGGACGAGCCCGAGCCCGUGCACCUGGAGUAUUGCCGCGUCGGCGAGGGCGAGUGGCGUCGCGCGACAGAGACCCCCGCCUCCGCCAACACAUUGGCCCUAGAGGAACUACCCGCCGGGCAGUACAGCUUCCGAGUGGUGAGCGCGAGGAGCGGCGCGCCGGGCGCGGCGUCCGGCCCCGCGACCUGCGGUGGCGGCGGCAGCUGGCAGCGCGAGCAGUUCGCACGGCGUUACACUCUCGAAGAAGAGAUCGGCCGCGGCCGGACCGCUCGCGUUCUAGCCGCCCGAGAUACGGGGACCGGUCAGAGGGUCGCACUUAAACAGGUGGUGAGCGGUCGCGGCGCGGACGCGGUGCGCGAGUAUCGCAUCCUGUCGGGCGGCGCGCACGGCGCGGUGGUGCGCGCGCUGGCGCUGUUCGCGGAGGUGCCGCGCGCUGGUGCGCACACGCUCGUGCUAGAGCUGGUGGCGGGCGGCGCGCUGCUGGACUGGGCCGCCGCGCACCCCGAUCGCUACACACAGCGCACCGUCGCCGAGCACACGCGACACCUCCUCUCCGCACUCGACUGGUUACACUCUAACAAUGUAGCGCAUCUAGAUGUUCGGCCGGAAAAUAUUCUCGUCGAAUUGGGCGGAGCUCAGCCGCAGUUGAAGCUAGUGGACCUGGGCUCAGCCGUGGAGCUGGAAGGGCCGGGCGUGAUGGCCGCAGGCGCAGAGAGCGCGACGGUGCUGCCGCCCGCGCCCGCGCAGCUGGAGUUUGCGCCACCUGAGUAUGUGAUGGGCCGCCCGCCCGCGCCCGCCUGGGAUGCGUGGGCCGCCGGGGUUUUCCUUUACGUAUUUUUAACAGGGCUGUCGCCGUUCCUAGACGAGUCAAUCGAGGAAACGACGGCGAACAUCAUUAAGUGCGACUACUGUUUCCCGCCGGAGCACUGGCGCGGCGUGGACGAGCGCGCGCAGGCGCUUAUCCGCCGGCUGCUCGAGCCCGCGCCCACGCGCCGCCUGCUGCCGCGCGAUGCGCUCACCGACCCCUGGUUCGAAGAGGCGGACAACGUGACACUGUCUGCGAGCCAAUUGAAAACGUUCCUAGAGAGGCGGCGACCCUCCGGUCUUGGCAAUGCGCUGCACUCGCUGCGCUCGCCCAACGACACC